GGGGGCGUGGCAUCGCAGCCGUCACUCAGCCGCGGUAACCAUGGCGAGCGGGCGGUCCCGAACAGCAGGACAUCCAAUGGGAGACGACGCUGCUUGUGUCACCAUGGUGACGGGGCUGUGCCCAGGGAGGUUGUGAUGGGUUGACAGGUGCGUGACAAUCGGAGCUCUCUGCAAGCAUGUACGCCAAAGGCAAGAGUAGCAACGUGCCGUCCGACAGCCAAGCCAGAGAAAAGUUAGCGCUGUACGUCUACGAGUACCUGCUGCACGUGGGAGCGCAGAAGUCAGCACAGACCUUCCUCUCAGAGAUCCGAUGGGAGAAGAACAUCACACUAGGAGAACCUCCGGGGUUCCUCCACUCGUGGUGGUGUGUUUUCUGGGACCUGUACUGCGCCGCUCCGGAGAGAAGAGACACGUGUGAACACUCCAGCGAGGCCAAGGCCUUCCAUGACUACAGCGCGGCAGCAGCUCCCAGCCCCGUUCUCGGGAACCUUCCCCCAGGAGAGGGCAUGCCAGUGGGACCAGUCCCUCCAGGAUUCUUUCAGCCAUUCAUGUCGCCUCGAUACCCUGGAGGACCCAGACCACCCCUCAGACUACCCAACCAGGGGCUCGGCGGGGUUCCUGGUAGUCAGGCCAUGUUACCCAGUGGAAUGGACCCCACAAGACAGCAAGGACAUCCAAACAUGGGAGGACCAAUGCAGCGGAUGACUCCACCUAGAGGCAUGGUGCCACUGGGACCACAAAACUAUGGAGGAGGAAUGCGACCACCACUGAAUGCCCUGGUUGGACCCGGAAUGCCUGGCAUGAACAUGGGACCCGGUGGGGGUAGACCCUGGCCCAAUCCUCCAAACUCCAAUUCAACCCCAUAUUCCUCAGCAUCUCCAGGAAGUUAUGUGGGACCUCCAGGCGGAGGUGGACCCCCUGGGACUCCAAUAAUGCCAAGUCCUGCAGAUUCAACCAACUCUGGUGACAACAUGUACACGAUGAUAAACACAGUCCCUCCAGGUGGAAGCCGACCAAGCUUCCCUAUGGGCGCAGGAGGCGAAGGUCCAUUAGGGGGAUUGUCAGGAAUGGAGCCUCAUCACAUGAAUGGAUCAAUAGGAUCAGGGGAUAUGGACAGUCUCCCUAAAAACUCUCCUGGUAACCUGAGUAUGAGUAACCAGCCGGGGACCCCCAGAGAGGACGGAGAGAUGGGAGGAAACUUCCUAAACCCUUUUCAAAAUGAAAGUUAUUCUCCAAACAUGACGAUGAGUGUGUGAAGGUUUGGGAAGCAGCUGCUGUGGAUUGUUGGAAAUGAGAGAGAGCAGAUAUGAUGUCAUCUAGACCCGCGACUCUUCCUCCUCUACCACCUACUGAGUCAGGAGCGCUCCAUCCUUCUACUACCUGUGCGUCCAGCCCCCGCCCCCCCUGAGGCUCAGCCCACAUCGCCCCCGUUUCCCGUUCCUCCCUCUGUUCUAAGUGGAGACACUCCAUCGGUUCUUCCUCUGCGACUAUGACACUGUACAAAGGAACCAAAUUGGCGCCACCCAGAGGAGAACUCUUUGUAUAUCCGCAUACAGUGCGUGUGAGACUGGGCACACUCUCCCGUCACAAACUGGUGUUUCUGCCUUUUGCAUCAUGUCACAGAGUUCACGACAAAACACAAAAGGCCAGUCUGCUGUUGUUCUCCAUUUUAGAUUUGCAAGGUUAUAGAAGGAUAUAAAGAGUUUUUGAUUGAUGGAACAUUGUUUUACUCUUUUCUUUUCACAAACUACCUAAUCACAUUCUCUGUCAUUUUACCACAAGGUUUAUUUGGAGGCUUGUGCAGACACUUGUAAAGUGAUUGCAACUAUUGGGAUUAGUUGCAUUUCUACGACCACUCUCAUGCUCAUCUGAAAAUGUGAAAAUCCUCCGAGCUUUGACUUUACCUCACUUCAUAUGUCUGUAAGUCCUGGUAAAGACAAGAAAGAAAGGCUAAAUGAACAAACCUGAAGCGUUUUGAAUUGAAAAUAUAUUGAUUACCAUUAAAAACAUCUGGGUUUAGGGUUUAAGGCAAGACUCUUUAUAGCAGCAAAUACUAAUACACAGAUGUGGAAAACAAUCAUAAUAAUUUUCUACAUGAAGCUGAUACCUCAUUCAUGUAGUAUUAGCUACAGUAAGAAAAGCUACAUGUCAGACCAAAGUAAGUUGAGCUUUAGAUGCACAACGACACAAAAGAAACCUUUUUUUCCGUUAAGUCAUGUUGCUCUACAAACUGUGGCUCAUCACUGUACAAGCAACAGCACAGGAGCAUCAGACAACGCACUACAACUGGAAUCAUACAAUUUGUUGUUACGAGUAACUGAGUCAUCUCUUCUUCUAUAGAAAUGGAUCGAAGCAAUAGGACGGAUAAUAAAGUACAUUUCUGGAUAUACAGUAUAGAGUCAAGACUAAUACGGAUAAUAAACUGUAAAACACGCAUACUCAUACAUUGCCAUCCGGAUAAACUGUGACCUGAGUUUGAUAUGAAGAGUUGGUUGGUUCUGCACCUGAACCCGUUUCCCCACUGCCCAGUAUGUUUUUCCAUCAUGUACAAAGGGUCAGUGUGCCCGUGAACAUGCUCCUCCUCCCCUGCCAACAGCAAAGUGUACAGCUCACAAAUGUAGCUCCUGUCUUGUAUGUGUAUUUGAUAUUAUUAUUAUUAUUAUUUAAAGUAAACCCUGGAGGGACUUAUUGCUAAGCGGGAGCAAUGGACUUUAAUGCAGCAUCGCAGCAGAACAGAGGUGUUUGAUUUCGUUUUCGUGUUAGAUUGAAGCCAUAAGCGGGACUACGAAGACACAUUUGUAAAUUGGAUCAUGUUUGUAUGUUUUCUGGCAUUAUAUGGGACUCCAUUUGUGAUGUGUUCAUUUUCUCUUUUUUAUUCUUGUAUUAUGUUUUUGUAAAUACACAGAGAAGUAUUUCAUGGGUUUUGAAUAUGCUGGUAUAAAGCUUCUCUUCCCUUA